CCACAGCCCACUAGACAGUCUCUUUGCCGCUUUUAGGGAUCGUGGAGGGAAUAGAGGUGAUGGGGAAUAAAACCUCCAGUCCAUCAAAAGGUCCUGAAAAUAUCGGAACACAGGAGGAGGAGGGAAUAUUACUSGAUGGAACAACAGGUGGUGUCUCCACAGAUGAAGCACAGACGCUUAGCCCUGAGCUGCUGGACUCUCUGCAGACCCUUGGAGAAAAUGACAACUACACUCAGCUGCCUCAGUCCCUGCACCAGAUUGCAGAGGCCUACUCUCUAAAGGAGGACUACCAGUGGGCCAUUCAGUUCUUGCAGUUGGAGAAGCUCUACCAUGAACGUCUGCUCUCCAAUCUCACUGCCCUGGAGGAAAACUGGGAGAGCCAUUUAGGAGAGAAAAAGGACARUGAGAGCUGUUUUCCUGCUGAGACGGAUGGAAUCAGUCAGAAACACCUUGAGAUUCUGAGCCACAUCUGCAGAACACAUCACAGACCGUCCAUUAGUGUGGAUCGGGAAAAACUUACUGCAGCUCAAAUUCUGCAAGUCUGUCACAUUAAAGCCAGGAAGCCUGAAGCAACGCGCUGCAAUGAAGGGGAAGAACAGGACCCGGUCUCUGUCUCUGGGUUUUCUUCACCACAGAUGAGCCACAAAGAAGAGCAGGAAGGAGGAGAAGAGGCGUUUGAGGAAGGUCAUGAAGUAGAGGAGGAGGACGAGGAACAUUGUGAGGAGACACCAGAAGACGAGGAGGUGAAGGUGGAGUGGCCCACAGGAGUGCCACAGGCGUCGGACAAAGAACUGGCCAAGCUGUCCCACACAGAGGGGAAUUCCUCCCCAGAUGGUCUGGUGUCCAUUCUGAAGAGGAGGCGAGCGUCUCUGGAUGGACUGCCUCCCCCUAGCACCAUCGCAGAUCAACAGAUCUCCAAACGUAAAGUUCGAUUCAGUGAGCCUGAGGAUGGCAUUGAGCAAGACGAGGUGGGAGGAGACUCGUGUCUCAUCCUGCUGCUGCUGUGCCUGGUGACUGUGGUGAUCAGCAUUGGUGGGACGACACUCUACUGCACUCUGGUGGGCUCUUACUCCAACAUCUGCACUGACUUCUCUCACAAUGUCGACUUCUAUGUGUCAAAUGUGCGAGACUUCUUUGAAGGGCUUGGGCAGUGGCUACCCCUCUGGACUUAGACCCUCCACCUGCAGACUGCUUCAGGGACAGAGACUUCAAUUAUGUGUCAACAUGAAGCCAAUGGGACCUUCAUUACCAGCUUCUGUCCUCAGAGUUUAAAUUUCUACUUGACUUGUAUAAAAACAAGUCUCUAAAAGUCUCCAGCUGGACUGAGUAUGUUUGUAACUGAAGACAUGCUUGAAGAAACACCGAACUGUGAAAGUUGCCAGAAUUUACGUCUUCAUGUACAGAUGUACAUGUGUUGUAAAAAUCCUGCAAAAAMCCCCCAAAAGAAACCAUAAACCUCUUUUCAGCUGUCUCUGGUCCAGAUACCACUCAAGAGGGCUAAUAUCUCUCAGAUACCGUGUGUACAUUAAAACAGAAGUAGUCCAUCAGACUAGUCUUUGUUCCCAGCAGACUUGUAGUGUUUAUAACUGUUGAUACGUUUGGGAGAUUUUGGUAAAAGCUGCUGUUAUAAACAACAGAAUCAAAUUUGACACGAUUUUCUUAAAAUGUCAAAUGACUCAAAGAAUAAUGUUUGAAAGCUGUUUUUAAUUUUGAACCUAUUAUUUUGGUUUGCUCAGUUUAAAUCCAUCAACACUUUCUCUUCCGUGGUCGCGUGAAACAAAUAAUCCAGGACUAAAACCCAGAACAUCCCUCUCCCAAGAUGUUUUCAAACCAUUGAGAAUAAAGUAACCCCUCCAAAAAGGUCUGUGUCUACCCAAGGUUGUCCCCUUAUUGGUACAUGCCCAGAAGGCCACUUCUAUCCAGGAUCUUGUUCUUUUUAGGGGUUAUGAUGAAAGAUUAGGGUUGGAAAGUUGACAGACAAGUAAAAUAAGAGCUUUGCUUUUCAGCUCAGCUUAUUCUACAUCAUGACAGACCGAAGCAGCAUAAUGUCCUCAAUACUUGAUCCACCUUCCGCUCCAUCAUCACGUGAACAAAACUCCCAGGUACCUGAGAGAACUUUACUGGUUGGAAGCAUUACGUCAGACACAGUAGCUGRCACUCAUCCUGGCCACUUCACACUCAGCUUUGAACCCCCUGCCACAGUGUAUGCUGAAGAUUAUAGUUUGAAGACACCAACAGAACCAGAUCAUCUGCAAAAAGCAGAAACGAAACCUUGCGGUCCCAAAACCAGAAACCCUGCUCUUCUCAACUGCACCUUGAGCAAUUUAAGUCUCUAAAAUAUGCAAAGUUUUACAUUUUAUAAAGGAAGAAGACAAAAUUUGAGUCUUUUGAAUAAACACACUCCACUUGAUCCUUUUUUCUAAAAGGGAUGGUUUUAGAACAUCGUGUCUCUACAGAUGGUCCUUAUCAACAUUCCUCUUAAAAUCUUACAGGUAGUAUCAUUGGACUAUGACUUUUGGAGACAUAAUUUGUGAGGAACACACAGGCUUUCACUUGGAAUCACACUGAACACCACUUUAGAGAAAAUAUCUGAUAUUUGGACCUAAAUUAGCUGGAAAUUGAAUAACAAAAAGUAAAUAGUGUGUAAAUGAAGUGUUAAAGCACAACAACUCUGACUGUUGUGUGACAAAAGUUGUCUCACAAAGUUUCCCUACAUGUUUAAAACAAUAGACACAAGAGUGGGGCCCUCUGACUCAUGUGAGGAAUUUAAAAAGCUUUGUGAACRUUUCAAGACGUUUUGGAAACUACCUCGUAAAACUUUGAUCAAAUUUUGCAGUCCAGUGAGAUAUGGGUUUAACACGAGCAGUUCAGACAGAAGAUUCCUGCUGCCCUAAUGAAGACUGGCACAUCAUUUAUGACUUCUAUGAAUGAAAGCUAGAGGAUUUCUGGUUGUUAUAAAAUGAUAGUCUCAAAGUGGCUACAUUGUGAUCCAUUUGUCUACUCAAUGUUGUCAUGUUCAUUCCUCUGCUAAAUCAAAAUGCCUGUUCAGGAUUUACGAAUGCAUCUUUUUCCCCAUCAUGCACACAGAAGAAUAAUUAGUUCAAAAUAAGGAAGAUGUGCUUGGAUCAGAUUACAGAGUGCAUUUUUUCAGUCAAAAUGUUAAAAAUGAAUUAUGACUUUAUGCUCAAUCAACUUUUUCUGCCAUUUUUUCUGCUUGUAAAAUUCAAACGUGUGCACAGUGACAGAUUCUUACCUUUGUGUCAUCACCAUGGAUGUUGUUGUUUUUUUGUCAAUAGGUUUUGCAAUUUGCAGCUCAAUUGUGUUCCAGUAUUUAUGUUAAAGUGUGUUUAUCAGAACAAAAAUAAUAAAAAAAAUUAAAAAGCA